CCGACAGCCGGACGACGAUCAGAAGAGAAGGAACAACAGAAGAAGAGUGCACAUCUAGGAAAGAAGUAACCAGCUUAGCGACGUAGCCGUACCUACUACCAGCCGUCACCAGAGACACACCAUCGCCAUAUUUCUGCCCUCAUCACCUACCGUUCUGCCAGAACUCAGACUCGCCGACCCCCCAACAACCCACCGGCACGCCUCCCCAACCCCCAGCAGAGACGAUGUCCAAGGCCGACGAGAGCGGAGGCGAGGUCGGGCCGCUGGCCAACGACGUCCUCCUCGUCUUCACCCCUGUUGCCGAGCAGACGGAGUGGAUAAAACGAGUCACGAACCGGUUCGAGGGCUUGCGAGUGAGAUGGGUGAACUCGUUGAAAGCGGACGGCACCAUCCUCACCGCGAGAGAGGUCCCCGCCGAGGUCUGGGACGGCGUCACCAUCCUCACCACCUUCGUGCCGCCCCCGGAAGACCUGGUAGCCAAGGUCCGCCUCAUCCAGGUCAGCUCCGCCGGCACCGACCGGUGGACGAACCAUCCCAAGUACCUAGACGAGAACACCAUCUUCUGCACCUCGAACGGUAUCCACGCCCCACAGAUUGCCGAAUGGGUCAUAGGCGCAUGGCUCUCCCACCAACACCACUUCCAACGGUACGCUGCGCACAUGAAGACCGGCUACUGGGAGUCGCCCUUUGCCACGCACAUUGAAGACUCGACAGGUCUUCGGGUCGGUAUUCUAGGCUACGGCGCGAUCGGGCGUGCCUGCGCGAGCAUCGCCCGCACCCUCGGCAUGGAGGUGUAUGCGUAUACGCGGGGGGAGCGGGCGACGCCGGAGUCGCGUGUGGAUGACAGCUACUGCGUCGCGGGGACGGGCGACCGAGAGGGCCUGAUCCCGACGCGAUGGUUCCACGGAACGACGCAGGCGGCGGUCGACGAGUUCCUGGCCCAGGACCUCGACCUGCUGGUGCUCAGCCUGCCGCUGACGCCGGAGACGCGGGGGAUCCUGUCGCGGGCGCAGUUCGAGAUCCUCGGGAAAGGCAAGAAGGCGUUCGUCGCCAACGUCGCGCGCGGCGGGCACAUCGACCAGGACGCGCUCAUCGAGGCGCUCGAGUCCGGCAAGAUCCGCGGCGCCGCGCUCGACGUGACCGACCCGGAGCCCCUGCCGUCCGACCACCCGCUGUGGCGCGCUCCGAACCUGCUCAUCACGCCGCACGUCAGCUGGAAGACGGACUUCCUCUGGAACCGCCUCCUCGACGUGCUCGAGAUCAACCUCGAGAAGCUGGCGACGGGGCAGCCGCUGAUCAACGUGGUGAACCGCCAGCUCCAUUAUUAACAUUCGACCGGCCGAUAUUAUAUGUCGGGGAGAUGAUGGAGAAGAGGGGAGGGGGAGAUAGCAUCCGGCGUCAGAGGAAGUAUUUGAUGUCGAGGCCAACUCGAGCCCAUCCCAUCCUGUGCUUCCGCUUACGUAUGGGCAUUU